UUUUUCUUUCAAGAAAACAUCCAUUCAUUCAAUAGACCACGUUAAGGCAGGUAGAUUUGAUUCUUUGCAUUUGAUAAACCAAUGCAAAAAGAUUCUCCUUUCACAUAAAUAAAUUCUCAAAGAAAUCAUCAUCACCACCUUAGAAGAGUUACACUCAACCUAGAUUGAUUGAUGGAUUUGGUCCGGUUAUGUAACAAGAGUAAGAAGACUUGAUAUUAUCAUAAAAGAAACUAAAACCCUGACACAGUUAUAAACCUCUGGAAAAUCUACACAUUGAGGAGAAACUUUGGAAGAACAAUGCAUAUCCAACAGUGAUAAACUUUCAUGCUUGUAUCCCCUGUAUUAGAUGUUUAUCAGUUUAUGACAUCUUGAUAUUGCAUUAAAAGUCUAUCUGUCCAACUUUAUGGUUUUAUAUACACCACAUUUAAGUUAGAUGUUUUUGUUACGAUUCAAGUUAAAAAGAAAUUCUUGGUGCUUUGUAAUUUUGUUAUAAGUUCUAUAAUACAUAUUAGCCCCUAUGUCAAAACAUAAAAAGUCUAUCUGUGGACUUUAUGGUUUUAUAUACACCACAUUUAAGUUGGAUGUUUUUGUUACGAUUCAAGUUAAAAGAUAUUAAUUGGUGCUUUGUAAUAUUGUUAUUCCCUAACAAAUAGCUAAACAUAGAAGAAUUUACAAUACCAUUUGCUAUAUUUCAGCAAUAAAUGCCUCGAAACCUAACACUAUAUAUAUUGAAGCUAUAUGAAAGUUUCAUUUGACAAAAACCUGUACUGAGGAAACCAGACACCCAUAAUUCCACACGAGGCUUUAACAAGCCGUGUAUUGGAAGAAGUGUCUGGUUUUCUAUCAUUAUUAAAUUUUUUAUCAAUCUAGAAAAUAAUGGCACGUUUGCUCAAGGUUGUUUUGAUUCUCAGUCUCUUGUUCCUUGCCGUGGAUGUGGAUGCAAGACACAAGAAGCACAAGAAGAAGCACAUACACCAUCGCAGGAGGAAGCAUCAUCCAUUUCCAGACCUACCCUUUGAUCCACCUCCUAUAUACGGAGAAGAACCUGGGGAUGGUGAUAAAGAAAUUGUUCCUCCUGAACUAGGGGAGGAAAUCAAGAAGGAAGAUUUCAUAAUUAAUAAUAUUGGACAUUGGGAGCUGAUUUCUGAAAACGCUGGUGUUUCAGCAAUGCAUGUCAAUUUGUUACCAACAAAUAAGAUCAUAGUCUUUGAUGCUAAAGUUUACCGUACCUCCAGAAUCAAAUUACCAGAAGGGACACCAUGCGUUCCAUACAAAGAUUUCGCUACUAAAGAAGACAGGGUUGAUUGUUUUGCUCAUGCUGUUGAAUAUGAUAUUGAGACAAAUCAAGUUAGGCCACUCUUGAUAAAAGGAGGAGAUCCUUGGUGUUCAUCUGGAGGGCUUGCACCUGAUGGUACCCUCGUGGGUGCUGGUGGUUUUGCUGAUGGUGGAAGAACUCUCAGAUACAUAGGUGGUGGUGCUUGCCAAGAAUGUGAAUGGAGGGAAUAUGACAACGUGUUGGCAGCCGAUAGAUGGUAUGCAACUCAACAAAUUCUUCCAAAUGGAGACUUCAUUUUGAUAGGAGGGCGCAGAGCUUUUAGCUACGAGUUCAUUCCAAGACAAGAAGGGGAAAAGAACACUAAACCCUUCUUCUUCCCCUACCUGUAUGAGACUUCCGACUUCGAUGAGAACAAUUUGUACCCAUUUGUCCACCUUUCCAUCGACGGAAACCUCUUCAUCUUCUCCAACAACCGCUCUAUCCUCCUCAACCCCACCUCCCACAAAGUGGUUCGCACCUUCCCCGUUCUCCCUGGCGGCUCUCGCAACUACCCUGCCUCUGGCAUGUCCGCCCUCCUCCCAAUAGACCUCAAUGCCGCUGAUAACAAGGCGGAGGUCAUCGUUUGUGGUGGAAAUGUCCCCACCGCCUUCGAGUUGUCUGAGUUAAGAAAGAUCUUCCACCCUGCACUUCAAGAUUGCAACAGGCUAACCAUCACUGACCCUUACCCUGAAUGGGACUCCGAGUUAAUGCCUUCAAGAAGAACCAUGGGAGACUCUCUUGUCCUCCCCAACGGAGAAAUCUUGCUCAUUAAUGGUGCACAAGUGGGCACAGCAGCAUGGUGGGAUGCUGACAAACCCAACUACACCCCAGUGUUGUAUAGCCCAGAGAAACCUAAAGGGUUGAGGUUCAGGGAGCUAAAGCCUACCCAGAUAGCAAGAAUGUAUCACUCAACUUCACUAGUGCUUCCUGAUGGCAGGGUUUGGGUUGGUGGUAGCAACACCCAUGAAACCUAUAAGGAUAAUGACAAGUUCCCAACUGAGACCAGAGUUGAGGCAUUUUCUCCUCCUUAUCUGGAUGUGGAUUUUGACAUCUACAGGCCUAUGAUUAAUGAGGAUGAAUCAACCAAGGAGUUGAGGUAUGGGCAAUUCUUUGAGACUGUAUUCGCUGUGCAAGAUGGAGCUGAGUUGACCAUGAAUGACAUUAAGGUGACCAUGUAUUUCCCACCUUUCACCACUCACGGCUUCUCCAUGGGUCAGAGGCUUUUGGUUCUCAAGCUUGACAAACUCAUGGUGGACUCACCAGGGCUUUACCGGGUUAGGAUAGCGGCACCACCAAACUCUGUGAUUGCUCCUCCUGGCUACUACUUGCUCUUUGUGAACCACCGUGGCGUGCCUGGCAAGGGAAUGUGGGUGCACAUCCAAUACAAUAGAGCCAUAGAAUAAGUGAACAACAUUGUUUCUGCGUGAUUAUUAUUUCAUUGUAUUUUUUUAAUUAGUUUUUUUUGCUGCAUUUUUUAAUGAACAUUUCAUUUAAUUAUUCAUUUAACUUAUACCUCAAGUAAAGGAGAAAAAUAAAAUUCCUGACUCUUGUACGAAUAUUUAACGACAAUGUUAUCUGAAUCCCGAUGGAGCAAAUGAUUUGGAUUUAACAUUUAAAAAAAAAUGAUUUUCAUGAUUGUAACUGAAUACAA